AUGAUUGACUUCCUUUGUAUUUAUCCCAUGUGCCUGGAUGACCGGCGACGCAACAUGAGAAUUGAACUGGGUACCGAUCUAUUGUCCUCUCACACAUACCCAGGCGUGACAGGGAAUCCUGAUUCUCCGGAAAUGUCGACGCAGUCUGACUACGUCCCAAAUUCCACGAAAAUGACGCCAGACAAUCCAAGUCCGGAGACUGUGUCAGUGCCAGUCCCUCGUAUCCCGUUGAAACGGACUUUCGACCAAAUGGAAUUGGCAAUGCAAGAAGCUCCAGAGUUCACUAGGCGAUUGCCGCCCGGUUCUUCAAUUCCAGCGCCGAUAAUUCGUGCGUCUGGUUUGCCGGAUAUACCUGAGCUUCCGUUGCUGGACUCUGGGAUUGAAGCGGAUGGCAAUCAUCGAAAAGAGUGUAUUUUUCUAUCGCCUGCACUGGCCCCAAUUCCGGAGGAAAGGACUGAGGACAGUGACGGCGAGGCCUUGGACACAUCGAUACCUAGAUCAGCCACUGAUAUUGAAGUUUCGACUUCAACGAGGGAUAUUUCAAUGCUGCAUCCUUUGCCACCGUCUCCAAUAAGCCCAGCUACGUCCGUUCCAGAAGUGGGCUACCAUGCUUCUAACCUCGCUCCAUCAUCGCCAUCUCUGCCUGGAUACUCUUUAUCACCAGAGAACAAUGAUGAUAAUGGAGACGCCUCAUCUGUGGUAUCAACAACCGAUGAUUCUGAUUCGGUCUUCGAUGAUGGACAAUCAGAGAACACGUCCAGCUAUACAGCCUCAUUGCUAUCCGAUGUGAAAAACUACGCUUACGAAAAUGGAAGACGUUAUCACUCAUACCGAGAAGGCCACUACGUCCUUCCCAACGACGAACCAGAACAAGAUCGACAAGAUCUCCUCCACCACGUUCGAAGCCUUGUACUAAACGGUCGGCUCUUCCGAGCCCCACUGAACAACCACAUCCAGCGCGUUCUCGAUAUCGGCACUGGCACCGGAAUCUGGGCCAUCGAUUUCGCAGACAGCUUCCCCAGUGCGGAGGUAACAGGUACAGAUCUAAGUCCCAUACAGCCAUCAUGGGUCCCACCCAACCUCCGCUUUGUGGUGGACGACGCCGAAUCGCAAUGGCUGUACAGCCCAAGUCGACCCUUUGACUUCAUCCACGCCCGGGAUCUGGGUGGGGCUAUCGCCGACUGGCCGCGGCUGAUGCGCCAGAGCUACGAGCAUCUGCGUCCGGGUGGAUGGGUUGAGUUACAGGAGUUUGAAGUUAUGCUGAAGUCGGAUGAUGAUUCGAUUCGUCUUGCGCCAGCGUUGUGCGAGUUUCUUGAAAGACUGACUCAGGCCAGCGAGGCAUUUCACCGGCCUAUGAAUAUCGCCGAAGGUCACCGGCAGCGACUGGUUGAGGCUGGUUUUGAAGAUGUUCGAGAUGAGGUGUACAAGUUCUUAGUCUGGGUAACCUACAGCAUCAUCUAUGCCUUCUGCUUGUCGCCUUUGCGCCAUUUCCCCGGCCCAAAGCUAUGGGCGAUAUCUCGCAUCCCGUCCAAUCUCUCCGUCAUCAGAGGCCAUAACCACCUAGACAUUCUGGCGCUGCACAAAAAGUAUGGUCCCAUCCUGCGCCUUGGACCCAAUGAGUUGGCCUUCAAUACGGCGGAGGCUUUUCGCGAUAUCUACGGCCCCAGACCUGGGGGUUGCUUCCCCAAGAAUCGGAGCCACUAUAUCGCCCCUGCGAAUGGUGUCGAUCAUUUGGUCUGUGCGGUCGAUCAUGCGACCCACGCAAGACAGAAACGGCUGCUAGCCCAUGCCUUCUCAGAGAAGGCUUUGAGAGAUCAGGAAGGUCUUAUCACAGGGUAUGUCGAUACCUUGAUCACCAAACUGCGGUCUCAAAUUCGACAGGGGAUAUCCAAUGUCGAUAUCAAGAGUUGGAUGAACUUUACCACUUUUGAUAUCACCGGCGACCUGAUGUUCGGCGAGUCCUUCGACUGCCUAAAGGACAGCCAGCUUCACCCAUGGAUCAAGUUGAUCUUUAGCUCCAUGAAGGCUCUUGCCUAUAUUGGCGUUGUAAAUCAGUUUCCCAUGCUCAAGGGCCUCCUGGAUUUAUUCCUUCCGCGAGAAGUCAAGCGCGUUGGGCGGGAACACUUUGAUCUGAGCGCGCAGAAGGUCGAUCGUCGCUUGGAAUCGAAUAUGGCUCGUCCGGACUUUAUGUCCGCUAUUCUCCAGCAUGGACUGAGCGAGGAGAAGGGCCAAUAUCGCGAGAGCGAGCGUAUUAUGACUCGGGCUGAGAUUCAUUCUAAUGGUUUUAUUCUAAUCGUGGCAGGUAGCGAAACAUCCGCAACCCUCCUAUCCGGCUGCAUCUUCUACUUGUGUACAGCUCCCCACGUCAUGAGCCGACUCGUCGCCGAGAUCCGCUCCAGUUUCAAACGGGACAGUGACAUGACUUUCCGGGCCGUGGAAGAACUCAAGUACAUGAACGCUGUCAUCGAGGAGUCGCUGCGUAUCUACCCGCCCUUUGUGACGAGUCUGUCGCGCCUCGUACCGCAAGGCGGAGCGGCCGUGGACGGCCAUUUUCUCCCUGAGGAUACCGCUGUGGCAUGUCACCACUACGCCUCCUACCAUUCCGAGUCCAACUUCGCCUUCCCGGAUAAGUUUAUGCCAGAGCGCUGGCUGAACACAGACCCGGUCUUUGAGAAUGAUAGGAAAGAUGUCCUGCAGCCGUUUAGCCUCGGGCCGCGCGUCUGUCUUGGGAAACAUCUAGCAAACUGCGAGAUCCGCCUGAUCCUCUGCAAACUCCUCUACCACUUCGACAUAACCCUACGCCCAGAGAGCGCCAACUGGGCUGACCAGAAGGUUUAUUUCCUCUGGGAUAAGCCAGCUCUCAUGGUUGCGCUGAAAGACCGAUUUCCAGCCGUGGGUAUGUCGAGCUCUCAGGAUCCCAUGACCCCGGUCUCAGAAUGA